AUGCCUUCCGCCGUACUCAACGCCUCCUGGGCCAACAUUGCCGCCAACAAUGCGCGUCGCAUUGAGGCGUUCAAGCCCAGACUCGACAUGCCGUACACCAACGGCGCAUUCCACAGACAAAUCGAUGAACAGAAAGCUAAGGGAGACACUGAGAGAACACAAAAAUGGCCAACUCACUAUCUCAGUGCCGAAGAGGCCAUUUACCUGGACGUGGAGGAGUCCGAACUUCAAAAGAGAAAACAUUCCAUGCACAUGGACCGAGAUCCUGGUGCUUUCAUCCGUUGGUACAUCUACACCAUGGGGUCGAUUGAGCUUUGGCACACUUGGCCAUCGGUCUCGCCAUUCUUCAGCAAGCUCAAUCUCCCCAAGUACAAGCAACAAUUCGUUGAGAUUGAAGCCAAAGCAAGAAGAGGCGCGAUCAAAUUCAUCUUCAGCUUUCUCUUGCGUACCAUCGCGCGGACUGGCGGCAUGGAUGAGUGGAGCUCUUCUCGAUUUGAAGAUUGUUACCGCGUUUUCUCGGCAAGUUUCGACGAGAACCCCUACUAUUUUGCUUGUGGAAUGCACGAAGAGGAACGGAAGAGUGUGGACUUUGCAAGCAUGUACGGUCUUCGACCGGAGGACAAGAAGGAUGAGCUCGCGCCGUACCGCAAGCUCAACAAGAUCAAGUUCGUCCGUCUUGCUGAGGCCGCAUUCGUGCAUUGUUUCAAGCAUUGCGACGGCCUACUGCUUUGGGCGGUGCACGAAGCAUGGAAGAGUGUCGCGACAGAUUCUGCUAUCGUUGAACUGGGGCUGGCAGCUGAGCCAGAGAAGAUUCCUGCUACGCUGUUCGGCCAACCUCGCCCGCACAAGCGCCAGCGAACGACGUACUACCAGGGCUCUCGGCCACUCAGAGAGAUCGAACUGGGAGGAGUUUGA